AUGAGGAAAUUUUUAGCUGCGAAUCACUCGCUGAAAUGGUCGGAGAAGGCAAUGGCAAGCGCGCAGUUCGGUGGCUAUACGGAGACGGUGAAGUGGCUUUACUUCCACUUGGGGAUGAAGCUCUUGCCGGAGUUUGCGGUUAAUGCGGCGCGCAGUGGUAACAUCCGUCUUCUGGAAUUCUUAAACAAGGGAACGGAUUUCUGUCGCAACUCAACCGUCUUCUUCACAGGAGACGGUAACAAGCACCCCGAAGUAGUGGAAUGGUACAAGGACCACUACGGCAACCCACGCAAGCGCAAGUGGUCGUGA